GGGCGUUGCAGGCCGGGCUGGCGGCUCCGCCUCCUCCCGCGCUCCGCUCCGCUCCACUCCGGGACUGCGGGGAGCCGGGGGAAGGCGGUGGCGGUGCGGACACCAUGGCUCGGGUGCUGAGCCGGGACCCGGUGGACAUUGAGAAUCUUCUGGCUUUAAAUCCCCGAACGCAGACUCAUGCAGCUCUUUAUUCAACUGCAGCGAAGAAACAAGUCAAGAAGCAUUGGAAAAGGAAUUUUGACAAAAGCUGUUCAAACUGUGAGAAACUAGAAAAUAAUUUUGAUGACAUCAAGCACACGACUCUUAGUGAGCGAGGAGCACUUCGAGAAGCAAUGAGAUGCUUGAAGUGUGCAGAUGCCCCCUGCCAGAAGAGUUGCCCAACUAAUCUGGACAUCAAGUCAUUCAUCACAAGUAUUGCAAACAAGAACUAUUAUGGAGCUGCCAAAAUGAUUUUUUCCGACAAUCCGCUUGGCCUGACUUGUGGAAUGGUGUGUCCAACAUCGGAUCUUUGUGUUGGUGGCUGCAAUUUGUAUGCCGCUGAGGAGGGACCAAUUAAUAUUGGUGGAUUGCAACAGUUUGCUACUGAGGUGUUCAAAGCUAUGAAUAUUCCUCAGAUCAGAAACCCUUCCUUGCCUCCUCUAGAAGAUAUGCCUGAAGCCUACCACGUGAAGAUAGCUCUUCUUGGUGCAGGACCUGCAAGUUUAAGCUGUGCUUCUUUUUUGGCUCGAUUAGGCUAUACAAACAUCACCAUAUUUGAAAAGCAGGAGUACAUUGGUGGCUUAAGUACAUCUGAAAUCCCUCAGUUCAGAUUGCCAUAUGAUGUAGUGAAUUUUGAAGCUGAGCUUGUGAAGGAUCUUGGAGUGAAGGUAAUUUUUCGUAAAGGCCUUGCAAUGGAUGAAAUGACACUCCAUACCUUGAAAGAAGAUGGCUAUAAAGCAGUCUUUAUUGGAAUAGGUUUACCGGAACCAAACAGAGACGUUAUAUUCCAAGGGCUGAGAAUGGAUCAAGGAUUUUACACAUCUAAAGACUUCCUACCUUUGGUAGCUAUGGCAAGUAAACCAGGGAUGUGUGCCUGUCACUCUCCAUUGCCAUCAAUACAUGGAACUGUGAUUGUACUUGGGGCAGGAGACACUGCUUUUGACUGUGCAACAUCUGCUUUACGCUGUGGAGCUCGUCGUGUAUUUGUGGUCUUCAGGAAGGGAUUCACUAAUAUCAGGGCUGUCCCAGAAGAGAUGGAACUUGCAAAAGAAGAGAAGUGUGAAUUUCUACCUUUCCUCUCCCCCCGGAAGGUUGUGCUUAGAGGUGGACAUAUUGUUUCAAUGGAGUUUGUUCGAACUGAACAAGACAGUGAUGGAAACUGGAAAGAAGAUGAGGAUCAGGUUGUCCGUCUGAAAGCUGAUGUGGUGAUCAGUGCCUUUGGUUCAGUUUUGGGUGACUCUAAAGUCAGAGAGGCCAUGGCACCUAUCAAGUUUAACAGAUGGGGUCUUCCUGAAGUAGAUCCGGAAACUAUGCAAACGAGCGAACCCUGGGUUUUUGCAGGGGGUGACGUCGGUGGUCUUGCUAACACUACAGUGGAAUCAGUAAAUGAUGGAAAACAAGCCUCCUGGUACAUGCACAGAUACAUACAGUCCUUAUAUGGUGCUGAAGUUUCUACUACUCCACAACUACCACUCUUCUAUACUCCUAUAGAUUUAGUAGACAUCAGCGUAGAAAUGGCUGGACUGAAGUUUCCAAACCCUUUUGGCAUUGCCAGUGCAACCCCUGCUACGAGUUCUUCAAUGAUUCGAAGAGCUUUUGAAGCUGGAUGGGGCUUUGCUGUCACUAAAACAUUCUCCCUGGAUAAGGAUAUUGUGACCAAUGUUUCUCCAAGGAUUGUGCGUGGAAUUACUUCAGGUCCCUUGUACGGCCCAGGCCAAGGCUCUUUUCUAAACAUUGAACUGAUCAGCGAGAAAACAGCAGCAUAUUGGUGUAGAAGUAUUGCUGAAUUGAAGGCUGACUUUCCAAACCAAAUUCUGAUUGCGAGUAUCAUGUGCAGCUAUAGCAAGGACGACUGGACUGAACUUUCUAAAAUGGCUGAGGCUGUUGGUGCAGAUGCGCUGGAGUUAAAUCUGUCCUGUCCUCAUGGCAUGGGGGAGAGAGGCAUGGGCCUGGCCUGUGGGCAGGAUCCAGAGCUGGUACGGAACAUCUGUCGCUGGGUUAGACAAGCUGUUCAGAUUCCUUUCUUUGCCAAGCUGACCCCGAAUGUCACUGAUAUUGUUAAUAUUGCGAUGGCUGCGCAGGAAGGUGGCGCAGAUGGUGUUACAGCCACCAAUACAGUGUCAGGACUGAUGGGACUGAAAGCAGAUGGCACACCUUGGCCAGCAGUUGGUGUAGGACUGAGGACCACAUAUGGUGGUGUGUCAGGAAAUGCUAUUAGGCCUAUCGCCCUCCGUGCAGUGUCUGCUAUAGCCCGUGCUCUUCCAGGAUUUCCCAUUUUAGCAACUGGAGGCAUCGACUCUGCUGAAAGUGGGCUCCAGUUUCUGUACAGUGGAGCUUCUGUUUUACAGGUGUGCAGUGCAAUCCAGAAUCAAGAUUUCACUGUUAUUGAUGACUACUGCACUGGACUGCGAGCUCUUCUUUACCUGAAAAGCAUUGAGGAACUCCAAGACUGGAAUGGACAGAGUCCUGCAACCAUGCGCCAUCAGAAAGGAAAACCAAUCCCUAGAAUUGCUGAUCUGAUAGGAAAGAAACUACCUAAUUUUGGGCCUUACCUGGAACAACGCAAAAAAAUAAUAGCUGAGAACAAGAUUAAACUGAAGGAACAAAGCACAGCGGCUGUGCUUCCUGAGAAAAAGCACUUCGUUCCAAAGAAGCCCAUUCCAGCAAUCAAGGAUAUAAUUGGAAAAGCACUGCAGUAUAUUGGAGCAUAUGGUGAGCUCUGCAACACAGAGCAAGUUGUGGCUCUGAUUGACGAGGAAAUGUGUAUCAACUGUGGCAAAUGUUACAUGACCUGUAAUGAUUCUGGCUACCAGGCUAUCCAGUUUGAUCCCGAAACCCACCUGCCCGCGGUUACUGACAGCUGUACAGGCUGCACCCUGUGUCUCAGCGUCUGCCCUGUUAUCGACUGCAUCCGCAUGGUUUCCAGGACGACACCGUACGAACCGAGGCGCGGGCUGCCCCUAGCCCUGGGCUGCCCCUAGCCCUGGGCUGCCCCUAGCCCUGGCCCUGGGCUGCCCCUAGCCCUGGGCUGCCCCUAGCCAUGGGCCCUGCGUGCUGAGGUGAUCCGACCAACAGCUGAUGUGAGCUCUACACUUGUUUGAUGCGGCUGAUUCGCUUUCUAAUUAAUCCUUGAAAUAUACUUUUACCAAAAAAAUGUGAUACUGGGAGCCGUUACAAUGAACACUGUUUUCCAAUUAUUAUUUUUACGACAAUUAAGUUCUGAAAUUACAGAAAGGCAGCAAUUAGUUGGAUGUAGCUGUCAGUUGUCCACCAUUUGAAAUGUAACUUUUUCCUUACAAUUCGUGCUGUAAUUUCAAACUCCUCUGUAGACUGUUUAAUCUCUAUGUAGUUUCUGGCUGUAAAUAUAAUUAAGAAACCAUUUUUAAUGAACUACAAAUCAAUGUACAAGCUAACUGUUUUCAAGGAGGCAUUUUGUAAUUAAACAUUACAUUUAGUUUUAAAAGAGUUUCUUAGAAGAUGUAAUUAACUCCAUAGCAUUCAAAUAAAGCAAUGUUGCUUCUAUUUUUCUAUGGGAAGAAAUGAAAGGGAAUUUAAAACAGGAUUUAAGAACUGGAUUAAUCACUUUCAACUACUACAGCAUAUGGUAGUGUAUUUUUAUAAUCCUUUCUAAUUCUUUCUCACACUAGUCACUUAAUAGAAUAAAUUUGCUGUGCACUGACACAUGCUGGACUCUUCAGAUUUGUAUGUUGCCUGGGUAGCCUGAUCGUUACGUUUUUUCCCCCAGUGAACACUCAUAACAUCCAUCUAAAAAUGGUUAAACUGCCUUAUUGCAAAGCCCAGGUUCCAUUUUGGGAUUCUGAGAAGAGACAAUGUUUUUUCUCCAAGCUCAUCCUCUAAAUAACUUUUUAAUUGUGCCAAUUAAUGUUCCAGAAUGUACACGUUACAGGUCAGAGAUCUGAUUACGUGCAAAUGGAAUACACGCCCUGCAGGCUGUGUUUGCCAAACACACGUAUAGGGCAAACUGGCAAGAUGAUUUCCCCCAGUGCCAAUUCUUCAUACUUAGCAGUUAUGUAUGGUUCUAGUAAUUUCACAACCAAAAAGAAGUACAGAUUUGUCUGUACAGAUUUGAACAAUAUCUCAGUAUUAAUCCAUUUUUCAUUCACAGUAGGAACUUUCUAAUUUGGACGUAUUGCUGUCUGCUUUACUCCACGUAAGAAUAUGAAGCCUUUGGUUUCAUAAUAAUAAUAAAUGAUCUAUUCAUUCAAUUUCUUAUACCCUAUAUUGCAAUCAGCAAAAGCUUUGAUUAAAAAUAUGCCCUAACUUUCAUUUGCUGGUUUAUGAAUUGUGCACCAAAUUAUAAAUAAAUGUUGAAAGCAA